GGAACCUUAUCCAACAGGCGGGUCUAACCUCCUCUUAUCCCGCCCCCUGCUCGACUGCUGUCCUCUCUGCUCCUGAACGCUGAUGUGUUACUAACUUCAGCCUUCAAGUCUGCAAAAAUGUUCAAUUUCGGAUCAAAAUUGCUGCUUCUGUUCCUCUUGGCCUUCCCCUGUGGAUUGAUAUCCAUCGGCCACGUCUCUGCAGAGCCAGACUCUGCUGAGGACACUGACCCGGAUGUUGCAGUAGAUGAAGAGGAAGAUGAAGAAGAGGUGCUUGUUGAGGAGGAUCAGAUACAAACCUCGGAAGGAGACGACGAUGACUCCGAAGCUGCCGAUAAACUGAUGACUUCUCACCCUGAUGCCGACACAACCAUCAUCUUCAUGACAGGAGAAGAGUUCCCUGCCAAUGAAAUCGUGAGGUUCCUGGUGGGUUUCACCAACAAGGGGAGUCAGGAUUUCACCGUUCAGUCGUUGGAGGCGUCCUUCCGUUACCCCCAAGACUUCCAGUUUUACAUUCAGAACUUCACAGCUUUGCCCCUGAGCACUGUAGUUCAGCCUCAGGCUCAGGCUUCCUUCGAGUACUCUUUCAUCCCAGCUCAACCCAUGGCUGGUCGUCCCUUCGGUCUUGUUAUCCUCCUCAACUAUCUUGACACAGAGGGCAACAUGUUCCAGACUGCCAUUUACAACCAGACUGUCACCAUCACUGAGAAAGAUGAAGGACUGGAUGGAGAAACGAUGUUCAUGUACGUCUUCCUGGUUGGACUGGUGGUCCUGAUGCUCUUUGGAAUGUAUCAGGUCCUGGAUUCAAGGACGAAAAAGAGACUCUCAGUGAAAAUAGAGAAGGGCACUGUUGGGGUAAACGAUGUGGACAUCAGCUGGAUCCCUCAGGAGACUCUCAAUGUCAUGAACAAGGCGUCCCCUAAAACAUCUCCACGGAAGCGAACCAAGAGGACGGCUGGAGUAGAUCAAUAAAACUGUCGGUUUCCAUCCAUCAUCAUACUGUACGUCAGGCUUUCAAAGCCCAUUUCCUCGCCACAGUAACACAGUUCCCCAUUCACAAUGGAUCAACAUUUCUGGAGUCCAAUCUUCAGCCCAAGCAAAGUGUUAAAGAUGUUUGUAUGGAUCUCAGCCUGCUGCUCCGCUCGUAUCACUACCAUAGAGCAUCCUGGACUCUACUGCUCUGAUCAGAGGGACCAUUUAGACACUAAAAUAACUGAAUAACUGAGUUCAUUUUUAAAGGGAUUUUUUUGUCAGUAUGCGUGUGUGCGUGUGUGAAAGUUAAUUAAAGAUAAACCCAAGUGUUUGAAAUCAACAUGGGAAUGUGGUACAAACUGACCCCAAAAAGGAGAAAUUAAUACAUCAGUUCUGCCCAUAUGAAUGCUGUGAAGUCAUAAUAAUUGCAUUUGAGAUUAAAUAACUUUAUUUGUUAUCUGCAUUAUUAGGAUAAAAUGGAUUUUAGGACUUCAAAACAUUCAUAUGUCAUCUGCUGAAUGAGAUAAAUCCUCCUCCUCUCUGUCAUGUAAACACCAUUGUGCCUUAUCUGUACCGUAUGUGAGGGACCAUGCAAAGACCUUAUGUUACCAAAAAAUAGAUGGAAUCCAUUAAAAUGUUUCACACUGAUUACAGUAUGUUUCUACCAUUCAGUGUUCUGAGGUUUCUUAAAGGUUUGGUAUCAUUGCAGUGGGGCAAUGGCAGCUGCAGUCAUUAAACAAAAAUUAAAACAGUGUUCUCUGGAGGUUUCUGCAGGUUAAUUAAUCUGUUUUUGAGUCUCAGUGGAGCAUUUCAGACUCUUUAAUGGGUGCAAAUGGUGCAGUCUUUGGGAUUGUUUGCCAUUAUUUGUGAUAAAACACCUUUUGGAAAAAAAAUAAAAGGGUGAACAAA